AUGCGUGGGUGCACCGGGUACCGACCCAUCCUGGACGCGGCCAAAGCCUUCGCCUGCGACAAGGACAAGUGCCCCUCCGCGUCGGAGGAGCCAGCGGACCCGGCGGCGGAGAAAGGCACGCGCGUGACGAGCUGCACGGCGCAGGCGGUGCAGGGGGCGGCGGAGGUGAAGGCGCCCAGCUUCCCCGAGGAGCUGAAGACGGCGGGGCUGGAGCCGCUGAAGAUCUGCGGCUCGAAGGUCACGUGGUACCGCCCCACCGACUUGGCCUCGCUGCUGCUGCUGAAGCAGGCGGAGCCAAAGGCAAAGAUGGUGGCGGGCAACACAGAAGUUGGCAUUGAGAUGAAGUUUAAGCAGUGCGAGUACCCGGUGACCAUCUCCACCGUCGCCGUAAAGGAGCUCCACAGCUUGCGCUUCGAGGACAAGACUUUGGUCAUCGGAGGCGCGGUGACCCUCAGCACGCUGGAGCACUUUCUGGAGAGCCAAGAGCUCCCGCAGCGCUUCCAGGCGCAUCAGGGAUGCAUUCUAAUGGGUUCUUUGGGGACGUAG